UGGGAGAAGGAAUAUUGAAUAAGCCCAGAAAGAAGACGAAUGGGUGUCUGUCACUCAGUUGGUCUUUUGCCUUCAAUAAUUUUUGGCAUAAUCUCCUUGCUUUCUCACAAUAUCUGCUUAUAAAUUAUAGCUUCAGUAGCUUCAUUAAUCACACCUGUCUGUUUACUCUUGGAAGAGAGGAAAUAUUGCAGAGAAAUGGAAAAGAAACAGACAGAUGUUAGAGAAAGCCAUGUCCUGGUAUUCCCUUUCCCAAUACAGGGUCACAUAAACCCAAUGCUUCAAUUCUCAAAACGUUUAGCCUCAAAAGGUCUCAAGGUCACCCUAAUCGCCAGCACCUCCAUUGCCAAAUCCAUGCAAACUCCCCAGGAGAGUUCCAUCAAUAUAGAAACCAUUUUUGAUGGAUUCCAGGAAGGAGAAAGAGCAGCAAGCCCUGUUGAAUAUAUGGAGCGUUACGAGGCCACAGUCCCACUAAGCUUAGCUGAGCUGAUAGAGAAACAUGGCAGCACUCCAUACCCAGUUAAGUGUAUUGUGUAUGAUUCUAUUAUGCCCUGGGCUUUAGAUGUGGCUCGAAGUUCAGGGAUCUCUGGAGCUUCAUUUUUCACUCAAUCCUGUGCGGUUUGUGUUAUAUAUUACCAUGCUAUUCAAGGGGCAUUGAAAGUUCCUUUGGAAGAAGAACCUGUGGCUGUGGUGUCUUUGCCUUCCUUGCCACAGUUGGAGUUCAAUGAUCUGCCACCGUUCGUGAAUGGUGCAGGGUCAUAUCCAGCAAUUUACGAACUUGUUUUCGGCCAGUUCUCAAACAUCGACGAUGCUGAUUGGCUCUUCUGGAACACCUUUAAUGGGCUUGAAGAUGAGGUAGUGAAUUGGAUGGCAAGUAAAUGGCCGAUCAAGCCAAUUGGACCAACAAUUCCUUCAAUGUUCUUAGACAAGCGACUGAAGGAUGACAAUGACUAUGGUCUCAGCCUCUUCAAGCCCAAUUCGGAUGUUUGCAUGAAGUGGCUAGACUCAAAGGAACCAAGCUCAGUUGUUUACGUAUCAUUUGGAAGCCUGGCUGCCCUUGGAGAAGACCAAAUGGCAGAAUUAGCAUGGGGUCUAAAGAGAAGCAACACCUACUUCCUAUGGGUAGUAAGAGAAUCAGAAAAAGAUAAGCUACCAAACAACUUCGUAGAGGAGACUAUAGAAAUGGGACUAGUUGUAACAUGGAGUCCUCAACUGGAAGUUUUGGCUCACAAGUCUGUGGGGUGUUUUAUAACUCAUUGUGGGUGGAACUCAACGCUGGAGGCAUUGAGCUUGGGAGUGCCAAUGGUGGCCAUGCCACAAUGGACUGAUCAGCCAACCAAUGCCAAGUUUAUCACUGAUGUUUGGCAAGUAGGAAUUAGAGUGAAGGUAGAUGAAAAAGGCAUUGUUACUAAAGAAGAGGUAGAAAGAUGUAUAAGAGAAGUCAUGGAAGAAGAUGCAGGAAACGAGAUGAAGAAGAAUUCUGAGAAAUGGAAGAAACUUGCCUGCAUGGCAGUAGAUGAAGGUGGAAGCUCCGACAAGAACAUGGAGGAAUUUGUAACAAAACUCGUAUGCAGUUCUAAUGGUUUCAAAGAGUGAAACAAUUAGUUCUUCCAUUAGAUUAGUAGAUCAAUGAUUUGAUUGUCUGUUUCUGGUGUACACGGAAUUAUAGGUUCAAACCUCAUUGUGGGCCUUUUUUUUUUUCGUUACAGAUUUCUGUGGGAUGUUUGUGCUGCUAUCUGAAGAAAACUUGUGAAUCCAUGACAACUAAGAUUGAAGUUAGGCUUUAA